AACCACGCGUUCGUCUCCUCUCCCCGACUCCGACGCCAGAUCCAAAGAGAUCGGUCGGCGUCGCCCCAAAGUGCCGAGAUGCAAUUAGAUCAUCUGAUUCCUUUCGACAUAUAAAGUUUCGAUCUUGGUAAGAGAUCUUCCGUAAAGAUCCAAUUUUGGUGGCACAUCGAUCGGUUUUGUUUGGAAUUGACGCGGUCUUAUAUCGGGAUCGAUCGGGGACAAAACGAGACGCAUCCACCUGAUCGGUAAUUGCCGGUUGAGGAGGAGAGAAUAGAGCGAGAAGAUAGUUCCCAAGUCCGGGGAGAGAGAAGCGAUCCGAGAUGAGCGACGGCGAUGAUGGUGGCGCCGGAGAGGACUCGGUGAAGUUGGACGACGAGCAGCUGGGGGAGCUUCGCGAAAUCUUCCGCUCCUUCGACCGCAACAAGGACGGCAGCCUCACCCAGCUGGAGCUGGGCUCCCUCCUCCGCGCCAUCGGCCUCAAGCCCAGCAACGACCAGCUGGAAUCCCUGAUCCACAGGGCCGACACCAACUCCAACGGCCUCGUCGAGUUCUCCGAGUUCGUGGCCCUCGUCUCCCCGGAGCUCAUCGCCGCCAAGUCCCCCUACACCGAGGAGCAGCUCCGCCGGCUGUUCAAGAUGUUCGACCGCGACGGCAACGGGUACAUCACCGCCGCGGAGCUCGCCCACUCCAUGGCCAAGCUCGGCCACGCCCUCACCGCCAGCGAGCUCACCGGCAUGAUCAAGGAGGCCGACACCGACGGCGACGGCCGCAUCAACUUCCAAGAGUUCGCCCAGGCCAUCACCUCCGCCGCCUUCGACAAUUCCUGGUCCUGACUCCAUUUCAUCCUUCUUUGGUAGGUCCCUAAUAAAACAAAAAAAGGUGUCUCCUUUGCCAUUUUCUUGUCAUCGUUUAGCUUCGAUAUUGAAUGGAAAUCAGUGAAGAGGGAAGAGAUUGCAUGCA